AUGCUCCCCCCCUUAGCUCCCUGUCUUGUUUUGUCUUUCUCUUCUGCUCAGUCCUUCUCUUGUUCACUUUCUCUCUCCAAUUAUUUUCUUUUAUACUUUCAUUCUCUCUUACUCUUCUUUACUACACCUGAUUUUCUCUUCCAUUUGCUAUCCUUUUUGUCAUUGCUCUCCAGUCCUUCAUCCUCCUUUUUUCACUUACUCACUUUUUACACUUAUCUUUCUUUAAUGAAUUCUAUUCUUACUUUCUUUUUAUUUAUUGCUCUCCAUUUUUAUUUCUCCGCUCUCUUUUCAUUUUUUUCUUUUUCUCAUUGCUUUUCUUUUUAUUCUUGCUCUUCCCUUUUCUCGUUACUCUCCAUUUUCAUCCUUUCUUUUUGCAUUUCUUUUUUCCUCUUUGUUUUCAUAUUUAACUUUACUUGCUUUCCUUUCACUCCUUUAUCUUUUUCCCCCCAUUCUGUUCUUUCUUAUAUCUUGCUCUGCAUUGUCCUCUUUUUUUUUUUUUGA